AUGACCUCUGAUCGCUACCUUGCCCCGGACAAUCACUCGUUUUCAAGUCGCUGCCCCGCUCGGACGCUACCUCUUCCCGGGGCCUCCCUCCAGUGCCUAACCGCUGCCCGGGUUUUCUUCAGCACAAGCCGGUCAUUUGGUAUCCUUACGCUGCGCUACAAACCUCCUUCGCCAAGAAUGAGUAUUACAAGCAGACCGGAUCUGGUUGGUUUGCAGUCUUUAUUUUGGGAGAAGGUUGUUGGUAGCGCGUUGUGGACGGAGGCUGAAGUGACCGGCUUGUGUAAGGCAGAGACCCAGGCACCUGUGUGCAACUUCUGCGUUAACUUAAGGGAAACGCCCACGAAGAUGACGAAGCUCUCGGUGGCCACGGACCUGAUCACGCUGACGGCUGUGGUGGUGGCGUCGCUGGUGGCAAGGACGAGGUGCGCCGCCAGUCCCUUGCCCCUGAGGGUGUCCCCGAACGCCUCGCACCAGGAGAGGCUGGAGGCGGCGAGGGCGCUGCUGAAGGAGUCGCCUCUUAUCGAUGGGCACAACGACCUCGCGUGGAACCUGCGGAAGUUCCUGCACAACAAACUCCACUCCUUCAACUUGUCCUACGACCUGACGCAGGAGAAGCCCUGGAGGAAGUCGCCUUUCUCGCACACGGAUCUGCCGCGGCUUCGGGAGGGCCAAGUCGCAGCGCAGUUCUGGUCCGUAUACGUACCGUGUGAGACGCAGUACCUGAACACGGUGCAACUCCUCAUGGAACAAAUAGACGUGAUAAAGCGUAUGGUGGCUGCCAGCUCCGGAGAGACAACACUCGUCACUUCCCCAGCAGGCAUCGAGAGAGAGUUCAAGCGCGGCUACGUAGCGAGUUUGAUGGGCGUGGAGGGCGGCCACAGCAUAGCGAGCAGCAUGGGCGUUGUGCGGGCGCUGCAUGAUCUGGGCGUCCGAUACAUCACCCUCACACACAAGUGCCACACACCUUGGGCGGAGUGUUCUGAGACCGAAGGAACUGCGCCCAACGCCCGCGGUCUUACGCCCUAUGGAAAGGAGAUGAUCCGGGAGAUGAAUCGGGUAGGGAUGAUGAUUGAUGUCUCCCACGCGUCGACCCGCACCGUCAAUGAUGUCUUAAGGACUUCGCGAUCUCCGGUGAUAUUCUCUCAUUCGGCGGCGAGGCACAUCUGCGACCUGGAGAGGAAUGUGCCAGAUGACAUCCUUCGGUCUUUAGCUAUCAACGGCGGCAUCCUCAUGGUCAGUUUUUUCAACGGGUUCCUUACAUGCAACGACACAGCCACUCUGCAGGAUGUAGUGGCCCACAUCAACUACGUAAGAUCGGUCGCAGGAGUCGAUCACGUGGGGUUAGGUGCAGGCUAUGAUGGUAUUAACAGGACUCCUAAGGGUUUAGAGGACGUCUCCAAGUACCCGGAAUUAUUCGCCGAGCUCCUUCGUGAUCCUACCUGGAGCAUCCUAGACCUAAAGAAGCUGGCGGGGCUUAACAUGCUACGGGUUUUCAGGACAGUGGAAGAGGUGAGCGAGGACAUGGCGGACGAAAUCCCAUCAGAGGAAAUAAUACCCAUUCACGACAUCGAUACCCAGUGGCCGUGUAGGUAUAAGUUUGCCAGCCUCGACUUCGAUCGCGCCAAAAGGUCUUCUUCGUCCUCGUCAUCAUCAACAACUUCCAAGCAACUGAAGGAAUCUGAUCCAUCGAGUCCUGGGGAUUAUGAGGAUUAGGUCUUUUGGAA